AUCUAGUACGCCAACUAUUUUGACGGUUUAACUGGUACUAUAUCUAACUAGGUAGUUGGGGACCCAAGAAAAGGAGUACUAUAUUGAAACAAAUGAAAAAUAGGGAACAUUUUUUUUUUUUUUUCUAUAAAUAGGGAAAUAGAGGCAAACACCCUGAUCAUCAACAUAUUCAGGAUUUCAUCUUAUUCUUCUUUCUAAUAUUGUUUUAUUUAUUGUGUUAGAGAAGUUCUUAAUAUUAAUUAACAACUCUAAUCCAAACUAGUAAUCUAUAUUUUAAUGGCCGCCAAUUUAAAUAAGCAUGGACUCGUUAGCUUGGGUAAAGGAUUUUUGAGCAAUAUCUGCUAUACAAGUGCUCGAAGGUCUACUAACUCAUCAAGCAUCUCUGCCAGGAGGGCAGUGCACGCAUCAGCGUAUGACAAGAAUCCGGAUGAAUAUGUGCAGUCUUUUGUGGUGCCAGAUGAAGUGAUCAAGGCACAAUCGGACAAGUACUGGACUCCUCAUCCUCAUACUGGCGUGUUUGGACCAGCCAACGAUCAUCAUAUAGCCAGCAGGGAACGCGGUUUGAGUAUCAGGCCUGAGAGUGUUGGUGUAGAUUCUGUAUUGGAACAGAAGGCCUUCUUCCGCCCACUCGAGGAUCUUGAGAAGCCAGCCUAUGUUUAACUUCCAUAAAUGUUUCAGCGUCUGUCCAAUAACUAAUUAAAUACAAGAACUAUAUUAGUAGUCAUCUGAUAUUUGAGUGCAGAGUAAGGGGCUAUUUCACUGAUAUUACAUGUUUAUUACUCCUAUUGUAUAAUAGAAAUAUGAAUAUUUUACUUCUAUCAAAGUCCUUUCUCUCUGUGUAAUUCCGGGAGGAAAGUUAUCCA